AUGGCUAACAUCACCAAGAAAGUGUCAUGGUCCAGUCGGGGCGACGACUCCGGUUUGGUCGGGGAGGGGACACCGCUGUUAAACGGCUCCGAGGCACCCAAACAAUCCAGACAGCUCUCUGGAGCAGGCAGCGUAUUUCGGAUAGGCAGAUUCAGCACGGUGGAUUUGGAAGAGGAUAUAACAUCAGAAGAGGACCCUAUUAGGGAACAACCUAAAGAGAUCCCACACAAUGAGAAGCUGCUGUCACUUAAAUAUGAGAGUCUGGAUUAUGAUAACGUUGAAAACCAGCUGUUUCUUGAAGAGGAGAGGAGAAUGAGUCACAUGAGUUUCCGCUGUCUGGAAAUCAGUCGCUGGGUAAUCUGUGGUCUGAUUGGCAUUCUGACAGGUCUCAUCGCCUGUUUUAUAGACAUCGUGGUGGAGAAGCUGGCUGGGCUCAAAUAUCAAGUUAUUAAAGAGAAGAUUGAAGAGUUUACAGAGGUGGGUGGGCUGUCUGUCUCUCUCAUCCUGUGGGCCGUUCUCAACUCCACCUUCGUCAUGGUGGGGGCCAUCAUAGUUGCAUUUAUUGAGCCAAUUGCAGCAGGAAGUGGUAUUCCUCAAAUAAAAUGUUACCUAAAUGGAGUCAAGAUUCCCAGGGUGGUGCGGCUCAAGACCCUGAUGGUGAAAGUGUUUGGUGUCAUCUGUUCGGUAGUUGGUGGUCUUGCUGUCGGAAAGGAAGGUCCUAUGAUCCACUCUGGUGCUGUUGUUGCUGCAGGAGUUUCCCAGGGCAGAAGCACCUCCCUAAAGAGGGACUUCAAGAUCUUUGAAUACUUCCGGAGAGACACAGAAAAGAGGGACUUUGUUUCUGCUGGAGCUGCUGCUGGAGUUUCUGCUGCUUUUGGGGCACCAGUUGGCGGAGUUUUGUUCUCUUUAGAGGAGGGAGCUUCUUUCUGGAAUCAGAUGCUCACAUGGAGGAUAUUCUUCGCCUCCAUGAUCUCCACCGUCACACUGAACUUCUUCCUCAGCAUCUACCAUGGCAAAACAGGGGACCUUUCCAGUCCAGGUCUCAUCAACUUUGGACGCUUUGAAAGUGACAGUGUGGCCUAUCAGCUCUAUGAGAUUCCCUUGUUCAUUGGUAUGGGAGCUUUAGGUGGGCUGUUGGGUGCUCUCUUCAAUGUACUCAACUACUGGCUGACUAUCUUCAGGAUCAGAUAUGUUCAUCGCCCGUGUUUGCAAGUGAUGGAGGCCAUGUUGGUGGCUGCUGUGACUGCAACAGUGUCAUUCACCAUGAUUUAUUUUUCCAAUGACUGUCAGCCUCUGGGGCCUGAGCACACUGAGGAGUACCCACUGCAGUUGUUCUGUGCGGAUGGGGAGUAUAAUGCCAUGGCUACAGCAUUUUUUAACACUCCAGAGAGAAGCGUUCGUAGUCUUUUCCACAAUCAGCCAGGAAGUUACAACCCCCUGACGCUGGGGUUGUUCACUCUGACCUAUUUCUUCCUGGCGUGUUGGACCUACGGCCUGGCGGUGUCUGCUGGCGUCUUCAUCCCAUCUCUUCUAAUCGGAGCAGCUUGGGGGAGGUUGUGUGGAAUACUGCUUGCUUCCUUCACUCCCAAUAACCCGAACUGGGCCGACCCUGGUAAAUAUGCCUUGAUUGGAGCUGCAGCUCAGUUAGGUGGCAUUGUGAGAAUGACUCUCAGUUUGACUGUCAUCAUGAUGGAGGCAACAGGAAACGUCAUAUACGGCCUUCCCAUCAUGCUCGUUCUCAUGACUGCCAAAAUAGUAGGAGACUACUUUGAGGAGGGUAUAUAUGAUAUUCACAUCAAGCUGCAGAGUGUUCCCUUCCUGCACUGGGAAGCUCCUGCCACCUCCCACUGGCUGACUGCCAGAGAGGUGAUGAGUUCGCCCGUCAUCUGCUUCAACAGGAUAGAAAAGGUUGGAACUAUUGUGGACACCCUGAGCAACACAUCAACAAAUCACAACGGCUUCCCUGUCGUUGCGCAGGUUUCUGAUAGUGAUGAGCCAGCAAAACUCUGUGGUCUGAUCCUGCGCUCUCAGCUAAUUGUUCUUCUCAAGCACAAGGUGUUUGUGGAGUUGGCCCAGUCCCGGCUGAGUCAGAGGAAGCUCCAGCUGAAAGACUUCAGGGACGCCUACCCUCGCUUCCCCCCAAUCCAGAGCAUCCAUGUCUCCCAGGAUGAGAGAGAGUGCAUGAUGGACCUCACUGAGUUUAUGAAUCCAACGCCUUACACUGUACCACAGGAUACAUCUCUCCCUCGUGUGUUUAAGCUGUUCAGAGCACUGGGACUGAGACACCUGGUGGUGGUAGAUGAUGAGAACAGGGUGAUCGGACUAGUGACCAGGAAGGACUUGGCCAGAUAUCACCUGGGCAAACACGGGCUGGAGGAGCUGCAGCUUGCCCAGACGUAGUGUCCACACAUGCACACGACAGUAGACUAACCACGUGAUGCCUCAGAAGCUGCUGACCAUCAGCUACAGAAGGACAACUUUAGGGGCCAAAGAUCCCAGUUCUCUUUUUGUUUUUCUCAUUUGUGAAUAAUUCUCAAACUAUCUGCUCCUCUGUUGAGUCUGAGUGACAGUAUUUGAUUCUAAAGGAUUCAGAUGAAUAGUUUUUCCAAAAUAAUUGCAAAAACUAUAUUUUAUUUAAUUAUUUUUCACCAUAUUAAUGUGCUGAGGCAACCAAUGAUGCUUGAGUUGAUCUUUAUCCUUAUUUGUUUUGGCUGUUUUUCAUACACUUUUACAGACUUUUACAAAUAUGCACACUUUUACAGCUGUUAUGUUUGUCUGGGUCCAAUAAAGUUGGACUGGAUGAGUUAGAAUAAAAGUAAAUUUGCUUUUAUUCUAAUCAAAGCAGUUUAAUCUGUGUUAGCUCUGUUAGCUACAACCUUUAAACCACUGACAGGUGAAGUGAAUCAGUCGUCUCAGCAGUGUUGUGCUGGGAAACCUUGGGUCCUGGGUUUUAUGUGGAAGUUACCCUGUCAUGUACUACCGAGCACACCCCCCUCAUAGUAACAGCCCCCGACUACAGCAGCAUCAUGCAGGAUAGUCACACCCCUGCUCAUGAGCAGCUUGAGCAACAUGACAAAUAACUGAAGGUGUUGACCCAACCUUCAAACUUCCAAGAUCAAAAUCCAGUCAAGAAUCCAUGGAAUGCACCAGACCAUGCCUGAUCCACCGAGAGCCCACUAGUGCUGGACACCACAGCACAUCCCCAGGGCUCCUGUGACAGUGUUAAGCAGGUGGUUUUAAUGUUGUUGUCGGUCCCAUUCUGCCUCCUUACUUUCACAUAUACCAUUAAAUGUUUGUUCUCGCUGAGGUCGUGUAGCUGGAUGCUGUGGAAAUGCAGGCAUACAGAAUGGUAACCGUGAGAUGGUUGCUUUUCAUAUCCUGCUGCUGAGCUACAAGAGACAUUUGAAGUGGUUUGCUUUGAAAACCUUUAUUUUUAAUGUUCAUGAGCUGGUUUAAAGCACAUUUACUGACUAUUGAAGGUUUGCAAUGAUAUCUGUGCUUGUGUCGUUUUGCACUGAAGAAUGCUGUUAUUUAUUGUACUACUUUUGAUUGGUACUCAAAGGUACUUCUUCCACCGCUGAAGGUUUGCACUUGCUAUUGAAAAGACUUUGUUCCCACAAGUGUCCCUAAUGGAGCACUCUAUGAAUGUAAACCAUAGUGUGCCACAUAUCUUCUUUGUUGCCCUGUCAGAGAGAUGACACGUUUCUCUUAUUGAUUAUAACUGUGUCACUUUGUACAUCUAACAUUUCAGUCAGCAGUGUUAUUGAUUUCUUUGGGUUCUUAUUGUUUUUACACUUCCAGAUGUAAACAUGCAAACGUUGCUCUAUUUGAUAACCACU